CUCUCUCUCUCUCUCUCUCUCUCUCACCAAAUGGAGUUGAAGAGCAUACUUGCAUAUCUUCAGAACAAGACCAUUUUGGUAACUGGAGCCACUGGCUUCGUUGCAAUGGUAUUUGUGGAGAAAAUACUAAGGGUUCAACCAGAUGUGAAAAAAAUCUUUCUUCUUUUAAGAGCUUCCAAUACCAACUCAGCCACGGAUCGCAUGCAAAAUGAGAUCAUAGGAAAGGAGUUGUUCAGAGUUCUCAGGGACAAACAUGGUGCGGAUUUUGAUUCCUUUGUGUCGCAAAAAGUUGUGGCUGUCGCGGGAGAUGUAACUUCUGAAAACCUUGGAGUGAAAGACUUCAAAUUGAGGGAAGAAAUGUGCAAUGAAACAGAAAUCAUACUUAAUUCUGCUGCAACUACCAACUUUGAUGAAAGAUAUGAUAUUGCGCUGGACGUCAAUACAUUUGGCAUUCUGCAUGUGGUGAGCUUUGCAAAGAAAUGUUUAAAGCUAGAGAUGCUUCUCCACGUAUCAACUGCUUAUGUGUGUGGUGAGAGGGUAGGACUCAUACCAGAGGGCUCACCUUCAUUAACGGACGACAUAGUAAAGGAAACCACCAAAUUUGAUUUCAAAGAACAAGAAAAGAUCGUCGUGGAGAAGAAAUUGACUGAACUAAAAGCACAAGGUGCUUCAGAAGAAGUUAUUACAAGCACAAUGAAGGAUUUUGGCAUUGAAAGGGCUAAACAUUAUGGAUGGCCAAACACCUACGUAUUUACAAAGGCGAUGGGAGAAGUAUUUCUGGGGCGCUCAAAAGAUGAGCUAUCUGUAGUUAUCAUUCGCCCAACUGUGGUUACCAGCACUUACAAAGAGCCAUUUCCAGGUUGGAUUCAAGGUUUUAGAACCAUUGAUAGCGUAAUUGCCGGUUAUUGUAAGGGGAAGCUCACAUGCCUACUUGCUGAUCCUACGACAGUAUUUGAUAUGAUUCCUGUUGACAUGGUGGUAAACUCAAUAAUUUCAGCGAUGGCAGUGAAUGCAAAUCAAUCUUCUAUUGCCAUUUACCAUGUGGGAUCCUCAUUUAGAAAUCCUAUAAAAAUAAAUGAAAUUCACGAUUUUGUGUUUCGGCACUUCACCAAAGAUCCGUGGGUUGACAAAGAUGGAAACCUUGUUAAGGUUGGCAAGUGCACAAUGUUCAGCACUAUGGCUACUUUCCGGAUGUACAUGCAAAUUUGCUUCAUGAUACCUUUGGAGGGAUUAAAGUACGUAAACAAAGCAUGUGGCCAGUAUUUCCAAGAUGCAUACGUUAACUAUAGCCGAAAACUCAAAUUGGUGAUGCGCUUCGUAGAGCUAUACAAACCGUAUAUGUUAUUCAAGGGCAUCUUUGAUGACACCAAUUCGGAGGAGCUGCGAAAGGUGGCAAGUGAGAGUUACAUAGAUGCAAACAUAUUUAACUUUGAUCCGAAUUGCAUUGAUUGGGAAGACUACAUUAUGAAUACUCACAUCCAUGGCCUCCGAAAGCAUGUUAUGGUUAAGUGAUAGCCAGAAGAGUCGAUAGAUUGCCAUUACACAAUAAAAUAAUAUUUUUGUACGCAUGUGUUAUAAGUUUGCAAUAUCCUUGUAUACAUGCAAACCAGCCAAAAUAUCAGUCAAAAUACUCUCAGCUAGAACAAGAUGGAUGAUUGUAUCUGUAAACCAUCGUAUUGUUCAUUUAU